UAUGUAAAUGUGAAUAAAACGCGGACGACCCUUAUUAGGGCUAUUCACAAUCACAAUGGAGCCUGAGCCAGGCACCAGCAAGAAUUCUUCGCCGGCAAGCUCGAGCCUUAAUAUUUCUAAAUCUAGACUUACCAGGGCAAGGAAACGAAAACGUGUAUCAAGUGAGAGCAGUUCAGACACUGACCCUGUGCUCCCGGAGAACCUUCUAGAGGUAGAAAAGAAUCUCCAUGCUUCUGCUGUGAAAAAUAAUCUGGAUGAUGUCAGUGUAAAGAAGAUUUUAAAGACUGUAGUUACAAAUGACCAUGUGCUGGCACUGGUGAAACUUCAAGAGGAAGAAGAAAACAUGGAAUCCCACUCGGAUACUCCCAAGCCCAAGCUUACUAGGUCUAAGGCUAAAGAGCUGCGGAAAGUGUCACCAAAAACAGCUUGGAACCUUGAGAACCUAGAGCUAACACCGAUCAAGCAUAUACCGGUGAAGACCCGGCCGGAGGUCACGGCUCUGAUCGCUCAGGAGCUGCCAGAAGACGAGGAUGAUGAAGAGUAUGACCCCAGGGCUGAUGAUGUACCGAGUGAUGAUGACCAAACUCUGGAGUCGUGCAGCGAUGUGGACUCGCAGCCCCGCACGCCGGCCACGCCGCGCCGCACCGCUAGUCCCAGGAUCGUCAAAGACGGACCUUUUAAAGUGCCACAGGAUAUUUCAACACCCCGCCGCAAACUCGACAUGGACGAAGAAGCCACAAUCGCCCUCCGGACUCGCUCAAAACUCUCCCUGUCCUCCGUCCCCAUCGACCACAUCGAGGGCUCCUUCGUGCCCCCCGACGAGCUCCCCAUGCCGGCCGCUGAUGACGUCUGGACCGAGUUCCUGCAGAUAUGCCUCAACCCCGAAACCGAGGCGCAGGAUGAUGAUGAUGAUCCUGAAUAUAAUGUGGCGCAGGAUCCAGAUGCCCAUGACGAAGACGAGGAAGCCCUAGAGAACAUAAUGAAGAUAUCGAAGAAGGAAUUGAACGAUCUGGUCACGGAACUAUUUAGCGUUAUGCCUGACGAGGGCUUGGGCGAUGAACUAGGUGGUAAACUGGGUAGCCAAACAGGGAAAAAUAAUGGGACAGACCAAAAUCAAUCGUCAACAAGUUGCAAACAGGAACCGUCGUCCGAAGAAGAAACGCCACAAACCCCGGCCCCGGUCCAAACUAUAGGGAAAGAGAAGCGGCUAUCCAUUGGAAAGAGCGAGGUGCUCACCGAUAACGAAUGCCAGGAGAGUGAGAAGGAAAAUACAGAGAAGAAUGAAGCUCCUCGGCCUCCGCCUCCAACGGAAGUGACGAUAUCAGUAGUGGAGCACGGGCUCAACGCGGUCCCGGGCGCCGCCGGGCCGCCCGUCCCUCCCGCCCCGCUGCAGAACCUGCUCGUCAGCACCCAGACCGUGGUCGUGCAAGUGGAACAGGGCGUCAAGAUAUUACCCGAACAAAUAGAGAUAUACCAGCAGCAGCUAAGGCAGCACGUGCAGCUAUGCGCCUCCAAUUUCCUGCAGCUGUUCGUGCAUCCCGUGCACUGGGCGCUCGCACCCACCUAUAAAGAGAAUUUGGAAACAUUUUAUAAAAUGGUGGAGGACAACCCCGAAUCCGUGGCCAAAGUCUGCAAUCUGAAGCCCGCCGUAGACUUAAUCCGGAGCUGGGAAACUUCCGUAUCAGCUGACACCCCGGAAAAUAUGGAAAUGAUUGCGUUCGUCCAGAAGCAGAUAGAAAGAUCCCGUCGCCGCUCCGCCCAGAACAAUUUGUACGUGGGGGAUUUCCCGAAAACAUUUAUGAACGUGGUGUCCAACAGUCCCGUGUUCCUGUACCCUCAUCUGUUGCCGCCCUUGCCCUUCCGCUCGGAUGUCUUCAGGAAGUUCGGGUACCUACGCUGCGAAGAUGAACUGGUAACCCUCGGCAUGGACCAAUUCUGGCAAUACGUAGAAGACAACCCCGAAUUAUUCAACAUCCAACCUACUAACUCCGUGCACCGCGCCGGUCUCAUCGCCACGCUACAACUGGUGUGCAAACACAUGUUCCCCUGGAUCAAGCCCAAGGGGCUGCUGGCUCACAUACGACAUGUCAGGCAGUUUAGGAAGGAUAAUAAGGACAAUCCUAUCAUUAAAUUCUUCGAGAACCGAGAAGUGACGCCGGUGAAACACACCCUGCUGCCGUUCAACCCGAACUUAACGUUAUACGAACAGCCCGAAAACGAAAUACCGAGGAUCUGGAUUCGGCAUUUAGCGCAGAGCAGCAAGCGGUUCAUGGAUGCCAGAUACCGUCGCACGACCUUCCUCCACCACUUCGGCCAAGCCCCCGUCGGAGUCCCCGUGGAGCUCGGCUCCGCCGUCACCGCUCUCCCCAAGAAUCCCCUCCCCAUCGAUUUCACCAAGCAAUACAACACCAACCGACCCUCCGACCUCCCCAAGCCCGAUCAAAACAAACAGGACAAAUUCGACAUCGAACUAGCCCCAACCCAAGAGCAAAAUACCCCAUUUACCCCCACUCUAACCCCAUUAGCGGUAACAACAGCUCCCGAAACCGAAAUCCAAAUAUUCAACUACAAUGUAGUAAACACUCCUACCGGAACUUUCUUAAUACCUGUGGCAACUAACGUCACUAACAGUGCAUCAACCCCCAUAUGUUCCUCAGAAGUGAACGAGACGCCACAGAGUAAGAGAGUCUCUGUAUCUAUACCGAUGAAUCCAGUUAAUAAAAACGUGAGUGCAGAAGUACCUAUCGGUGACCAUUGCCUUUGCUGUGUAAAACUAAGAAAGAUUAGUAAAUUAAAACAGACUUUAAUAACGGACUUCUUAAAAAUACCAAAGAAAAGACCAGGUUGCCCGUGUAAAGAGAAGAAAAGUACGAAGUAUCCGAGAGCGACGAAGAAGUUGAGGUUGCUGGUGAACAGUUAUAAGGCGAAGUACUCUCUGGCGUGGAGCGCGUUGGAUGGUCAGGUGAAAAUGCUGAAGAAGAGUUUGAGUUUUAAGGCGCAGAAACCGAUGGUGCCUGUGCAGUAUAACUUGGAGGAGAUAGCUGCCGUGACAUCAUUCCAACUCAAACUAACAAUGCGCUCCAACGUAGCGCGCAGCGUAUGGGUUAAAAAAAAGAUAUACACCACCAUCGCCCAAUUCAACCCUGACAUUGACGACAUCUACACAUUCAUGAGAAAUAUAGAGAAAAUACUGGACACGGAGGGCGUGGAUGUUUAUAAGGAGUUCUUGGGGUUUUUGACGAUGGAGCAGGCGGAUAAGAUUGGGAAUUAUGUGGAUUAUUUUAACCAAGAGUGCCUUACGGGCUUAAUGAAGAAGGUUGAGGAGGUAGUACUAUGCAGGAAGCGUAAAUAUGAAAUCCUGCAUUGCGUGUACAACACUCUAGUGGUCCAACGAAGAAACGCGUGUGACAUCUGCUCCCGUAUUCUUGACACUUGUGACGGGUACCCGUCACUGGCGGAAUACGUGUUCUCGCUGUUCCCGCACACUAACCCAAUACUUGAUCCAAAGAAUCAGAAUAAAGUGCCGAUCCGUGAAGAAAACAAAAGCGCACCAGCGCAAAGUUCUCGAAUAGUAAUAAAUCCGACUCCGAAUAAUACUAAAACUAAUACAGGGAAAGAUAGUACCGUCCCUGAACAGAGUAGUAGAGUUCUACGAUCGAAGACCAAUAUGGCGAAAAAUAAUGGACCCCAAUCUACACACAUAGAAAAUGCUGUAGUGUCAUUACUUUCAGACGAAGAAGAUAGCACUGUCUCGCAACUCACAGAUAACGCACAGAAUAACGCGCCACAAACCAUAGACAAUAUACAGGCUCAAAGCACAGAUAAUGUAGAGCACAGAUUAGAGCAACGUACAGAUAAUAUGGAGGUAGACAAUGAUAAAACCACAGAGAAUUUAGAAGAGUCUGCAUUCGACGAGUCACCAGCGAUGGACUAUGAAGCUGAUCAUUCUGCCAGUGAUGACGACUCAAGAAAUGAUAGUUUAAUAAUUAAUGAAAAUCCCGAAGAAUUAACUGAAACACAAGUCAGUGACAUUAAAACAGAGGAACCUGUGUCAGAAAACAUAACAGACACACCAAAUCUCACCAUAAACAAAACCGAAGUCCGAAAUUACUCCGAUUCCGAAAUGUCCAUGAUGAUCAUGUCAGAAGAUGAACACUCAGUUAAAACCGAGGCCCCUGAAUGGAAAAGAGACGAAGAUAAAACACUUCUAGAAGUAUUGAAGCAGAGCUUGACCCCAGAAGAGAUGAAGGAUAAAACUAUUUUGGAAAUUAUUGAGCAGAAAAAGGUCGUACAGCUGGCAUCUGAGAGCCUACCUGAGAAAUCUUUGGACGAUGUUAGGGAACGAAUGCUGUAUUUGUUAGAGUUUUUAGUGCUUAAUGAACAGAUGAUUAGUUGAUAAGCUAACAGUAAUUUAAGAUUAUUUAUUACUACGUAAUUAUAAUGGUAUAAGUAUU